AUGAAUGCGACACUUAACGAAUUGUUCGGCCACGCCUUUCAACCCGCACCGACAGACACAACAUUUUCAACAGUGAAGGGCGACAAACCGUGGGCCGAAACGUAUAUCCACCCAACUGAGAAGUACGAGCUGUUUGGAGACGAUUCUCUUUACCGACGCACCACCGGCUUCCAGGGGGAUCUCGCUUUCGACGUCAAUAUCUCCAACGAGAACCCUCCCAACGUCCUGGUCAUCGCAGUCGAGUCCUUCCGCUACCAAGACUCUCGUUACCUGGUCGGAGAGGAAGACCCGUCCAACCUGUUCAAGGGAACGAACAUGACCAUCACGCCGAACUUCGACAGGUGGGCCAAGCGCGGAGUGGCUCUCCGCAAUAUGUGGUCGAGCACCCCAACGAGCAGGUCUUUGGAGAGUCUGCUAUUCGCGCAGAUUCCGUACGACAGCACUGUGAAGACAGGCAUCACCGGCGGAAGGAAGGAGACAAAGCUGUCUGGUUUACCCCAACUCUUCAAGGCCAAGGGGUACGAAACAUUUUUCACGACGGGGUGCCCGACGCGCUUUGAGAACUGGGAUGUGUUUCUUCCUACCCACGGCUUUGAGACCGUCUUGGAAUCCAAGGAAAUGAAGCUUCUGGCUGAGAGUAAACUCGGUAUUCCGCGUGGAGACUGGUCUGGCAAAGCACGUCGUGGGUUCAAGUGGGGGGUCCACGACGAUAUCAACUUGCAGCUUUUGGGUGAAAUGUUCAUUGACAAGACGAGGGAGCAGCGAGAGCGAGUUGCACGGGGUCUACCCAAAAGGCCAUUGUUUACCACGCACUACACCAUUUCCAGCCAUGCGCCUUUCAAAGCACGCCCGGCAUGGUAUGCUAAGGCCGACAAGCCAGACUUCUCCGCGUUCUACAAGGGGCAAAAACACUCGACUAUGAUCAAGAACUACCUCGAAAUGCGCUACUUCACGGACAUGCAGCUGGGCGACCACGGCCAAGCGCCUGAAGCUGACGUUACGAACACGCACGAGGAGUCUGUGACCCGUGUGGCAGGCGCUAUCAUCGCCGAGGGUCGGUUGGGUGAAGCUGCUGGACUUGUGAUCGAGGACGCCGUGGAUCACUACGACAUUCUCAACACGCUGGCAGAUAUCACAGGACUGCCUGAGGGAGGCAACGACCCGAGCCGCAAGAUGGCGAUCGUGCGUGGCCACCAGCGCCUUCGCUAUGAUCAAGUAACGGCUUCGAUGAGCUUGCAUGAUACCGAGCGCGACCAUUCCAUGAAUGUCGAUAUGUUUCCGAGCCUUCCAGCCGAAGAGCAGGCCGAAUGGGAGAACUGGCGCGAGUACGGUCGCCGCGUCACCGCGUACUUUAAGCAGCGCUUGGACGGCAACUGCCUGUUGGCUGUCAAUUGUACCACACGAAGUUAG